AGUUAUAUUUUAGUGGAAAUGUUAGGAAAUUUCUUUUGGUACCAUGGUCGUCUGGGUAAGAAGGCGACAUGUGAAUUAUUAGAACAAAAUGGAGAAUUUCUUGUACGAUCAGCGCGCUCAAAAAUAGAUCUUCAAAUAAAGCCAGUAUUAUCAGUAAAAUGGAAUAAUAAACAUUAUCAUUUUGGAAUUAAAAAAAUUGGCGCAUAUUUUACCAUUGAAGAAUUACUAUUCGAUAAUAUCAUUCAAUUGAUUUCAUUUUAUUUUACUAGCAAAGUUAGCUUAAUUGUUAUUACAAUUUCGUUAUUA